AUGUAUCUCUACAUAGAUUCAUUAAAAAGGGACGCGUUAUUUGCUAGCCCGAAGAAAUCUUCCACCAAGAGUAAGAAUAGUUCUAAUAACACUAAUAGCUCCACCCAAUCUUCCGAUUCCAGCAAGAAUCAAACUUUUAGUUCUAGCAGCGUCCACAGUCCUUACGACAUGAGUUCUUGCAGCAUCAGAAGUCCUUCCAGCAGCGCCAAAAGUCCUAACGACAUAAGUUCCAGCAGCGUCAAAAGUCCUAACAACGCUUCGCGCGAUAAAUCAAACUACGAGGAGCGUGACGCAAAUUUGCCGCAUAUUUUUACGCCAUCUCCUUCCACCAGGAAAAGGAAGGAAAGUUUCACGACCGAAGGCGAGAGCAUUAUAGAGGUUGAGCCGGAAGACGCGAAGAAUGUCGAAGAGAUUCUAACGACAAACGAAUCCAAGAACCAAAAAUCCCCCAUUCCCGCUGUAACCCCCGUAACGCCCAAUUUGGACCUGGUUAUAACUGACGUAACUGACAAGGAUAAAGAGGAUAUCGAUCUCAGAUAAAUCAAAAUAUUAAAUCGCAACAAUUAUAUAAACUAAAAUAUUACCACUUUAUUAAAUCCAUAAUUAAAAAAAAAAUUAUUUAUUAUAUUCUGCUAACAAAAUAAUCUUACCCAUUAUAAGUCAAUUUAUUUUUACCCUCACACCAAUUCACAAUUUAUAAAAACCUUUUUUUUUGCCCCCCUUAUCAUACCUCUCUCUUCUUCCCUCUUGAUAUUUUCUAAAACUUAUAUUUUAAACCAAAUUUUUAAAGUUUUAGGGAAUAGUAUACCUAGAUAUGCCCUAACACCAAAGAAGCCUUCCUAUUUUUUAGAACGGCAAUAAAUUUGAAAAUGAAUAAUUCCUAGUGUCACAAUUAAGAUCUAAAUCCAUUCCAUAUCGGAUCAUUCCUUAAACCGGUUAUUUUUUUGGAGAAAUCACACCUUUCCUUUUUUCUUCCAAAACAUGUCAUUUUUAUAUAUGUAUAUUUUAAAAAAAAAUGCAAUAAAAAUUUUACUACAUUUAUUUAAUAGUAAAAUUAUACUUUUUUGUGUUAUCAUUUUUGAUCAAUUAUAUUAAAUAUAUAUUUAGUUAAAAGAUCCACCAUAUAUGUUUAUUUUUUUUAUAUAAAUUUUAAAUAUCGUUUCUUAGUUG